AUGACAGAUGCGGAGUUCGAAGAAAUCGCGAUUCCGAGGACAUUAAUCCGCAUGGAACAAAUGAGUAUUACAAGGAAAGCAGUUGCGCAGUCCAGCAGUUUAUCCCGUAAUGCUGCAUACAGUGGGACGCCAAGAAGAAACCCUCCUCGUGAAGCUCACGGGAACCAUGGCACGCCUCGCAACAUCUUCCCGUCCACACCUGGGAAAGGUAUCGCUACUCCAAGUAGAGUUGUCGCUCCGCCAAGGACUCCGCAUCGCGCCAUCCCAUUUUCAGAAGCCGAAAAAAAUCCUGACCAAAAGUUGAAGCACGCGGAUGAGCUUAGAAAUAAAGCAUUGGAAGAAAAGCGAGAGAAGGCUCGAAAAGCGGAAGAGAAUCGAGCAGCGGUUCUGCAACGGAAGCAAGAGUUGGAUCGAAUUCGAAUGGAGAAACUGGAUGGAAUAAAAAAGAAGGACGAACGUGUCGCGACCUUUCAGAAAAACAUGAAGGACCAUCAUAAGUCACCCACAAGAACCCGCGUGAAUCCUGAAGCAAGGACUCCUGUGGCAAUGAAACAAUCCGCUAGGAAAGUGUUUCCAACAACUUCAGACGCAGCAACACCGGGUAGGGGUCCAGCUAAGAAAGGACGCAUUGAAGUGUUCGGAGCUGAGAAGGAAGGAGUCACGGUUGCCCAAGCAACUGUCCAAAUUUCGCCGUCACGUGAUCCCCUGAGAAACUCAAAUCGUCAAGUAAAAGGAGAGCAGAUGGAAUCAGAAGGAAUCGUGCCAGUCAAACAACCGAAGCCAAGAUUGAAGGCGAAGCGUUCACAACCAACUCACACCGUCCCCUCGUCUUCUAAGUCUACAGCGGAGGAUGACGGGGCGGCUGUGCUGAAAGCAGAACAAGAACAAUAUCUUAUAAAACAAGCAGCCGAUGCAAAAGUUCGAGCUGAAGAGCAACGAUUCCUACAGGAGAAGACAGCUGCCGAAUUAAGAGCUCGAGCAGAAGAACAGCGGCUCCAGCAAGAGAAAAAGGCUGCCGAAGAGAAAGCAGAAGCACGUCGAAAGAGAGCUGAAGAAGAGAAGUCCCGGUUAUUAGAAGCUCAAAGAGAAGAAGAGGAGAGACUUCGAAAGCAGCAAGCCAGAGAAGACGCCGAACUUCAAGCAACACUUGCCAAGCAAGCUGAGAAGAAGGCCAAGCUAGAAGCUCAAGGCAAGGAGCCACCUUCAACCGCUUAUCAAAUGACUCCGCCACGCACGUACCAAGCAAAUUCGAAGAAUGACUACGGACUAAAUGAUCUGAACAGUGACGAUGAAACAGAUCAAGAAGACGAUCCGCGUAAGGAAGUUCCUCCGUGGGCGGAUUUUGUGAUUGUCCGGCAAAACGUUCGUCGUCAAGUCAAAAAUCCACCGUUUGACAUCGCUGAAUUUUUCGGAGUAAUUGAGAAGCCAAAUCUGAAAGAAAUUUUCGGUGACACUGUCAAAAUGAAGAAACGUGGUUCCUCGGCGGUCUGGAGAUCCCCAGCGGGACCUGGGAAUGUGUCUCGUACACCACUCGAAGAAAUCGUAGAAUGA